AUGGAAUGGUCAAUGACAGGCAAUGUGGAAAACGUGAGAGUUGCUUUUAUGCCGCCGCCAUGGCCGGAGUCGAGCUCCCUUAACUCGCUUCAUAGCUUCAACUAUGACCCUUAUGCAGCAGGAAAUUCAUACACGCCUGCCGUUACGCAAACCGGACCGGUUAUAUCUGUACCGGAAUCAGAAAAGAUCAUCAAUGCGUACCGAACCUCGAGCAACAAAAAGGAGAUAAUAAAGAAGAAGAGACUAACGAGUGGACAAUUAGCUUCACUAGAACGAAGUUUUCAAGAAGAGAUCAAACUAGAUUCCGACAGGAAGCUGAAGCUGUCUAGAGAGCUUGGUUUGCAGCAACGUCAGAUAGCGGUUUGGUUCCAAAACCGCCGUGCAAGGUGGAAGGCCAAGCAGCUCGAGCAGCUCUACGAUUCGCUUAGGCACGAGUACGACGUCGUUACCAAAGAGAAGCUGAUGCUACAUGAGGAGGUCAAGAAGCUGAGAGCUGUACUAAGUGACCAAGGACGACUGAUCAAGAAGCAGAUCUCCCGAGGGGAAGACACGACGGAGCUUCCCUCGGUGGUGAUAGUUCCUCCAAGAAUGGAAAAUUUGAACACUGAUCAAAUAACUGGAGGAAAUCAGAUUUACGGUAUUGAUCAAUACAACAAUCCGAUGGUCGUUGCUUCCUCUUCCUGGCCACCUUACCCAUGA